AUUAAAAGUAAUGAAAUUGUUUAGUUUUUUGAAAAGACAAACAAGUAAUGAACAUCAUAUCAUUUAUUCAAAUAAUGAUGAAUAUCAUGGUAUUUGUAUAGUUAAAAUUGUAAAGGUGAGAUGAAAGACAAUAUGAAGCAUGGAAAAGGAACAUAUAAGUUUGCUAAUGGAAACCGUUAUGAAGGGGAAUGGUAAUUUAAUGAAAAACAUGGAACUGGAAAAUAUUUUUACAAUAAUGGAGAAUUAUAUAUAGGAUAAUGGUAACAUAACAAGAAGAAUGGACAUGGAUAACAUUUUGGAGUUUAUGGAGAGAGAUAUGUAGGAUAAUGGAUGAAUAAUUUAAAACAUGGGAGAGGAACAAUCUAUUAUGCUGAAAACUCAAUAUAUUCAGGUAAGAAUUAAAGUAUAAGUUAAGGUGAAUUUUUUGAGAAUAAGAAGAAUAGUCCUGGGUAUUUAUACAAUUCGAAUACGAGAGAGCUGACUUAUUAAUUAUAUGAUAAUGAUAAAUUAAAAGAGUAAAAAGUAGUUGACUAAGUUCCUUGUGAAUUUGAAAAUGUGUUUUCUGCAUUUUUAGUGAAAGAUAAUAAUAUAAUACAUCCUCAACCAUUACCCAAUAAUAAAUCAGAGGAAACACACUAAAUCUAGCAGGAAGCACAUGGAUUCGAAACUUUACAAGCUUUAAACGAAACAGUGACACUUAAAGGGAAAAAGAAAAGUAUUUAAAUCUUAUAUUAUAUUUUAUUUUAAUAGUGUAGGAUUGGAAUAUAGAAGAAGUUUGUAUUUGGUUAGAUUGUUUAGGAUUAUCACAAUAUAAAGAUAAUUUUAUUAGAAAUCAUAUGAUAGGAGAUACUUUACAUGAUUUAACAGAUGUUGAAUUGAAAGAAGAAUUAGGCAUUGAGACAUUAGGACAUAGAAAAAUUAUACUUUAGUAAAUUAAUAUGCAUAAGAAAUAUUAUAUUAAAAAAAUGGCAGGAUAGAUCCAUAUGGCUGAUAGUGAAAAUUCAGCUGAUUAAUCAUCAAAAUAUGAUUAAUUGUAUUCCAUAAUAUAGAAAAUUGAACCUACAGCUGAAAGUCCUGGAAUUUAAGUUUUAAAAUAAAAGAAAUCACGACGUAAACGCUCCUCAGGGUCAGAUGAACAAACUUCACCUUAAUAAUAAGAAGGAUAAUAAGAAACUGGAAAACUCUCACCAAAAUAAGGGAAUUAAGGAUAGAGUUUAAAAUAAGAAUCUAAUUAGGUAGUAAGUAAUUUUAAUAUUAAUAAUGCAACUGGUUCAGAUUCUUCUGAUGUGAGUUCUAGUAGUUCUAAUGAAAAAUUAUAGGAAUCCAAUUAAUCACCAAGCAAGUAACAGAUUAUUUCAGAAAAAAAUCUAUAAUAAAGACAUUAAGAAAAAUUAAUGAGUUUAUUGAAAGAUUUAGGAAUCAAUGAAAAAUUAUUGAUAAAUUAUUAAGAGAUAAAAUAAGGAUCUUAGAUUGGAAAAGGAAGUUAUGGAAUAGUUUUUAAAGGAAAUUGGCUUGGAUAGGAUGUAGCAAUUAAAUCUUAUUGCAAAAAAAAAGAUUAGUAAAAACACAAAUAAUUAAUGGCUGAUUUCUUAAAAGAAGUUUAAGUUAUCUCUAAUUUAAGACAUCCUAAUAUAGUUCUUUAUAUGGGUGUUUGUAUUAAGAGACAUAAUUUCUACUUAAUUACUGAGUAAUUAAAGAUAUAAUUUUUAGAUAUAUGGAAAAUGGAAGUUUAUUUGAUCAUAUUCAUAAAAGGAAAACUAAAAAUUUAAAUUUUAUAUAAAUUAUUGAAGAUAUUACUUUAGGAAUGAAUAACCUUCAUGGAAGAGGAAUAAUGCAUUGUGAUUUAAAAUCUUCAAAUGUUUUGAUUGAUUAAAAUUGGAAUGUUAAAUUAUGUGAUUUUGGAUUAUCAAGAAUUAAGAGUAAAAAAACUAAAAGUAUGAUUGGAACACCACAUUGGAUGGCACCUGAAAUAAUGAGAGGAGAACCUUAUACUGAAAAAUCUGACGUAUAUUCAUUUGGAAUGAUUUUAUGGGAAAUCAUUACUGGUAAAAUACCUUAUGAAAAUCUUUCUAUUACAUAAAUUAUUGGAACUGUUGGAUGGGGACAUACUUAAGUUGAGAUUCCUUAAUUCAGCAAUCCGCCUAUUUUGGCAAUCCUAGCAAAGGAUUGUCUUAAAAGAGAUUCUUCUUAAAGACCUACAUUUGCUAAAAUUUUAGAAAGAAUUUAAGAAAGUCAAAAACAGAAAUGUAAAAAUAAAGAGAAGGCUAAGAAAUUUUUAAUUGAUUUUUUAUCCAAUUGACAUUAAUA